UCUACCUAUUUAAAACACUUUGAAAUCGUAGUCAAAGUUGGAAUUUUUGAAAUUAUAAAUUUUGGAAGAGAAAAUUAUUAAGUUAUCCUUUGAUUUUGACAUGGUUAAUGAUGAGCAUUAGGAAAUCGAAAUUGCUGCAAUCGCUGGAGGAGUCAGUGGUGCCCAUCGAUCAAGAGGACGUCGUUCGUUCGAUUGCCGAUCAGAUCCGUCAGCCUCUUAUCGAUCCCAUCGAACGGAAUCUGGGCUACAAGGAGGAUCUGAGCAUCCUGCACCUAGAGGAUGCCAUCAAGUUCAGGGAUACGAUGCAGAGUUUCAACAUUUUACCUACAGCCGAGUCUCUGGAUGAAGUGAUGCCCGUAAAAGAUGAGGAUCUUGGUGAGAUGUUGGAGGCCCUGACCGAGGUGAUUCUCAAUGAGGCCAAUGAAGGCGUGGAGGGAGAGGAGGAUGAUGAAGAUGUGGAAGAAGAUGAGGAUGAAGAUGAGGAUGAGGAUGAAGAUGAGGACAAUGACUUUGACAAUGAAGAAGAAGGAAAUAACAAUGCAGGCGAAAUCUCAGAUCAAAAUAAUAACUUUUUUUAAGAAAACAAAAUUAUUAGUUUGAUUACGAUUUGCGAUAAAUAAAUGUAAGGUU